GUCUCCAUUCGCGCUUAAUUUUUAUUCACACACUACCAAAACAAAAAUUCGGGCAUGGUGCGCGUUACGCCGGAGCAGGUCCUGGCAAGGUUCAAGCAGGACGGCUCCUUCGACACUCUCCGCCACGCCCUGCUCUCCUCCUUCCAAGACAGCAAGGGCGGAGCCAAAUUCGACGCUCUGGUUAAUUCUGCGCUCCACAGCCUGGCCGCCGAACACGCAAAGGACCUGCUUUCGGGAAUCCGCAGCGCAAUCAAUGGCGCCAUGGAGGCAGGCGCUGGCGCGGUGUCGCGGCCCCUGGAGGUCGAGGGGCCGCGUGGAAUGAUGGCAGGCGGGCGUCUGGGUGGGCACAGCUUUUAUCGGCGCGGGGACUCGGUCGCAGCAUUUGUGCCGACCACCGACCCGCUGCUGACGGCGCCGCAGUAUGCGUGCAUUCAGGCCGAGAUUGUCGCGUGCGAUGCGCCAAAAAACAUGUAUACGGUCCGCGAUACCAGCGCGCUGCCGCACGCGCAAGAUACGUGGGCUGUGUACUGGGAUCAGAUGCUGAUGAUCAAGAAAGCCAUGGAGCAGAGCUACCGCAUCGGCGACCAGGUCUAUGCGUUGUUCCGGGACGAUCUCCACCCUGACACGGCGGUCUCGACCGAGUUCUUCCCUGGCCGCAUUGUGCAUGUCGGUAUGACGUCGCUGGCCGUGGAGUUCCGCGAUCAUAUUAUUGGCCAUGCAUAUUACGACGAGGUCUUUGCCGCGGGCCGGGUCGGCUUUCUGCGGCGACAGAGCGAUAAACGCAGGCGGGCAGAUGCUCCAGACGCCAUGGUGGAGGUGCAUGGCCGGGUGAUCCCCUCGUUUAUCGGAUUCUGGCCGUCCGAGGAAGCACCGGCCUUGGGGAAACGAAACAGAAGCGUCAAGUAUCGCCCCCGCCGCCGGUUGCUUAUUCAGCCGCAUCGGCCCCUUGUGCCGCCAGCUGCCCCAUCCCCGCCGCAUAUGCAAAUUACCCAGUCGCGCGCCAGCUCAGAGAUCGAAAUGGACACGUCAUCCAGCCCCCAAUCGCCAGCAAUUCCGACGGCUUCGGCUGUACCACAUGUACCUGUAUCUGCACCGGUAUCCUUACCGCCGCCACCACCACCACCAGUAUCUGCACCGCCGCCGCCACCACCUCCUCAAAUACCAGCAGCAGAUAUCGCCCAGGUAUCGUCGGAAGAGGAAGGAGAGAUCGAGCCCGAGGAUGGAGAGCUCGCGUCGUCUCGGGAAUCGCAUGCUCCCAGUCCUCGCCUGUCAUAUCCAGGAACCCAUCGAUCGCCAUCGCGGACCGGCCGCCAGGACAGCUGGCGCCACGAAUCUGUGCGUCGCCAGGAGCCGUUCCGCAGCCGCAGCCCUGCCUACUCACGCCGCCGGUCACCAAUACACUAUGACACUGGAUCGCGCCACCAGGCGUACGAGCCAUACCGGUCGCCCAGAGACUAUUACCGGGGCAGGUCGCCUGCGCAUGCGUAUCGUGGUCGCCGGGGAUCUAGGUCGCGCUCGCCGCCGCGGUACACUGACCGUAGUAGAUAUAGAUCCAGGUCUCCGUGGAUUAACGGCCCACGACAGCCAAGCCAGCAUCGCGGGUACAGAUGAGAUAGGCACUGCUUUUGACAACCUUUUGCGCAUGCCAAAAUAUAGAUCAAUCUAGCAUACUAUCACCGACCUGCUGCAGCAAAGAAGAUGACCAUUCAAGUGUAUCCCUGAUUGCUGGUUGGGCCAUGUACGUGCCGUCCCUGCUCAAAACCUCAACUCAGGAGCAAGCUUGCCGUAUUUCUGCAAAAUUCAAAGAUGCCCCUACUGCGCUCUGCCCUACCAUUCUGCUAGAGUCUCAAGGUCCGAUUGCUGUGAACUGCGUAGUCUUUCAUUCCGUUGUUUCCUUUUCCCUAUCCAUCCUUUG